AUGUCGCGUUCUUUAAGUGUCCCGGUUCAAGACGAAUUACCGAAAGAAAAGGAUACACAAUCAAUUGCUAUUCUAACACGUGAUUAUAAUAGAAAACGCGCGUUUCUUAAUACAUCACAACUUGUACCCGAGGUCAAAAAUACCGUAUCAUCACCAGAAACAGAUAUGACAAGAAAACUAGUAGAAGGUAUAAAUGAGCAAGAAACAAUCUCAGGAAAAAAAUACUUUUCAGAAAAUACGCAAUCUGGUUUCUGA